AUGAAUACAUAUUCGAUGACGGCCGGCGGCGCCGACAACGGCGCCAACAACAACACCAAUGGCGCGGCGAAGCAGAGGCGGAGGGCGAAGAAGGCGAAGAGGACAAAGAAGGCGGGUUCGGCCAUCAAGAGCGACAGGCUGAAGAGCCUGGAUCUUCUGCAGAAGAUCGGGCUUGCUCUGAAGGCCAAGAGGGACGCGUCUUCAACUGAUGGUCAAGCAUGGGACUUACGUUUUUCCUUCCGCGGCCUUGGAGGCAUUCCACCUCCGGCUACGCUCGCUGAUGGUCCGGAGCUCCAGGCAUGGCGUUUAGAACACAACAUACGCUGGAUGCGCAUGACGCCCAGGGAACACGUUGGCAUGCAACAGCAAGUCUUGGCUAAGAUCGAAGGCCGCCCAUCCAACUCAGGCGCAUCUGCGGACAAACGGAUCCCGUCCCGUUGCACCGUGCUUGGGAAGGGUGGCAUACGCGCACCCAGAUGGCUGAGUGUCGAUGAAAGAGAAGCUUGGCGCGAAGCGCACAACGAACGGUGGUCUAGGAUGAGCAAACAAGAGCGCUGGGAGAUGAAGCAGCAGCAGGAAUUUUCCGAUAACCACUAUUUCGGAAGACAGGCAGACAACAACAGGGAGGUAGAUGCCGCAAGGCAGCAAAAGGCGCCAAAGACACCAGCAGCGCAAGAGGGCGUCCACUCCGUCCUCACGUCGAAGAAGCGAGCUCGAUCCCCUGAAGGUUCUGAGGCCUUGUCCGACCCCUUCUACCACGGCCUCGAGGAGUUCAUCUCAGACGAAGAAUCCGCCAUCAUGCCCCCGAACCGAAAACGAGUGCGCUUCAACGAGCCAGAGCCAGUGGCAGCGACCGUAGAACCACCUGCGCAGCAACUUGAGAGUCGAGAGGCCACCGAGGCCGACGGCCCAGAGUUAGGAGUGGCGGCCGAGGAAUCCCCCACAUCUAGCCUUGAGGUCCUAGAGCUAGCCGAAGAGCCCCUCGCGCCGCGCGUCUUCGUGACUCCGAACCCGAAGGCCAACCAGCCUGUCAUACGCGUCGUCACCAUGGAUGCAGAACAAGAGUUUGCGCAGAAGAUAAUUGACGGCGACGAUACACCGGUCAGCUACUUCGACUUUGGGCCCGACUUCCAGCUUUCGGAUCUACACAUCCACGAGAUCCUCCUUCGCCGCCCGUCCUUCUUCCAGCGCGUCGUCCGAAUAACCGCCGGCUCCCCCAAGAUCCGCCUGCCCCUGACCGACACCGGCCUCGUGCGACUCGUGACCGCCUGCCCGAUCCUCGAAGACCUCAGCAUCAACGGCGGAACCCACCUCUCUGACCGCAGUGUCGCGGCAGUGAUCUCCAAGUGCAAGAACAUCCGCCACCUCGCCUUCUGCGGUGCCAACUUUGAACCGAACAACGUGUGCGGGGCGGCGUUGCACCAGCUGGUCGGUACUUCGGUCGCGACCAACCUGGAAGAGAUCGUGCUGAAGAACACGAAGGUUUAUGAGGCGACAGUGAAGAGACUUCGGGAUGAGUUGAAAAUCAGUCAUUCUGGCUGA